UUAGAGAGGAGGAAGAUGCCAUUUCUAAAAUGAGUCUCAAUGAGGAUAGAGAGGAGAAAGGCAUUGCCGCCAACAUGAAUCUGAAGAGAGCAGUAUCUCCAGUAUUGAGCAGUGUGUCAAUUAAGAGUGACAUAUCCAUGCCUCUUCCCCCAAAUAUCAGUGAUGAAGCAGGGACCUCUAGCCUCAGGUGAGACACACUUCAGUAUUGGAGACAAUAUGUCACAAAGAGGAAAACUCAAAGAGUGGCAGCUCCAGUAUUCAGCUGUGUGUCUAUGAAGAGUGAUAUAUCCAUGCCUCUUCCCCCAAAUCUCAGUGAUGGAGCAGGGAUUUCUGGCCCUAAUGUCACAAAGAGGAAAACCCAGACUGCAGCAUCUCCAGUAUUGAGCUGUGUGUCAUUGAAGAGUGACAUCUCCAUGCCCCUUCCUCCUAAUCUCAGUGAUGGAGCAAGGACUUUUGAUCCUUUAGGAAAAGAUGGAGAUGAAGACCUGAAGCAGGAUUCUCACAAACCAGUUGAGGAUCUGACUCUGCAGAGGGUCAAAGACCAACACAAAACCAUCAUGAAGAACAAAUAUGAGAGCUUAUUUGAGGGAAUCAAACUACAAGAGAAUCAAAUGCUCCUGAAUAGGAUUUACACACAGCUCUACAUCAUAGAGGGAGAGAGUGAAGGGGUGAAUGAAGAACAUGAGGUUUUACACAUGGAGAAAACACCCAGAACUCAACACUUACAAGACACUCCAAUCUACUGCAAUGACAUCUUUAAAUCCUUACCUGAACCAGGAUGUGAGGAGAAGAUAAAAGACCAAGUAAAGACUGUUCUUACUAAAGGCAUCGCUGGAAUUGGAAAAACAGUCUCUGUUCAGAAGUUCAUUCUGGACUGGGCCGAGGGAAAGGCCAAUCAGGAUGUAGAUUUCAUGUUUGUGCUUCCAUUUCGAGAGCUGAACUUGAUUAAAGAUGAGCAGUACAGUCUUCACAAACUUCUGCUGGACUUUAAUCCUGAACUUCAUCAUCUGGACUCAAAGAUUUAUAAUGAGUGUAAAGUUGUUUUCAUCUUUGACGGUCUGGAUGAAAGCAGAAUUCCACUGAUGUUUUCAGACAGGGAGAAAGUUUCUGAUGUGACUGAGACUUCAUCAGUGGGUGUGCUGAUGUCAAAACUCAUCAAAGGAGAUCUGCUUCCCUCUGCUUUCAUCUGGAUCACCUCCAGACCAGCAGCAGCCAAUCAGAUCCCCUCCAAAUACAUCAAGCGUGUGACAGAAAUUCAGGGAUUCAAUGACCCUCAGAAGGAGGAAUAUUUCAGGAAGAGAAUCAGUGAUGAGCAUCAAGCCAGCAGAAUCAUCUCACACAUUAGAAGAGCAAGAAGCCUCCACAUCAUGUGCCACAUACCAGUCUUCUGUUGGAUCUCAUCCACUGUGCUUCAAAACAUCCUGAAACAAGAUGACAGUGCAGAAAUCCCUCAAACUCUGACUGAAAUGUACAUCCACUUCCUGCUCAUUCAGAUCAAUAUGAGGAAUCAGAAGUAUGAAGAGAAACUCCUGCAGUCCAACAGAGAAGUGAUUGUGAAACUUGCUGAACUGGCUUUCAAACAGCUGAUGAACGGUAAUGUCAUGUUCUAUGAGGAGGACCUGAGAGAGAGCGGCAUAGACAUCACUGACGCCUCCGUGUAUUCUGGGAUCUGCACUGAGAUCUUUAAGGAGGAAUCUGUGAUUCAUCAGAGGAAAGUCUACAGCUUCAUACACCUCAGCUUUCAGGAGUUUUUGGCAGCUUUCUAUAAGCUUUACUGCCAUGUGUUGAGGACCAAGAGUGCACUGCACCUUUUACAGGAUGAAGCACAUGAGUGGCAGUGUUCUAUUGAAUUAAAUUUUUAUGGGCUACUGAAAUCAGAAGUUUAUAAGACCCUGUGUAGUGAAAAUGGACGGCAGGAUCUUUUCCUGCGAUUCCUUUUAGGCAUCUCACUGGAGUCCAAUCAGAGACUCUUACAGGAUCUACUGACACACACAGAGAACAGCUCAGAGAGCAUCAAGAAAACCUCACAUGUUCCUGAAACCGAUAGCAAUAAACUCUCUGGUGAUAAAUCCAUCAAUCUGUUCCUCUGUCUGCUGGAGAUGAAAGAUCAGACUCUGUACAGCGAGAUUCAGGAGUUUCUGAAAUCAGACAAACACUCAGAGAAAAAACUCACUGCUGCUCAAUGUUCAGCAAUCGCCUACAUGCUUCAGAUGUCAGAGGAGGUGCUGGAUGAGUUUAGUCCCAUGCAAUACAACACAUCAGAGGAGGGUAGAAGAAGACUGAUACCAGCUGUGAGCAACUGCAAAAAAGCACUACUUGCUGGCUGUGAUCUCACUUAUAAGAGCUGUGAAAUUUUGGCUUCAGUUCUACAAUCAUCAAACUCCCUCCUGAGACAGCUGGACCUGAGUAACAAUGACCUGCAGGAUUCAGGAGUGAAGCUGCUCUCUGAUGCACUGAGGAGUACAAACUGUACACUGGAGAUACUAAGACUGAGAGGCUGUUAUCUCACUGGUCAGUGUUGUCACAAUUUGUCUUCAUCUCUACAAUCAUCAAAGUCCCUCCUGAGAGAGUUGGACUUGAGUAACAAUGACCUGCAGGAUUCAGGAGUGAAGCUGCUCUCUGAUGCACUGAAGAGUCCAAACUGUACACUAGAGAUACUGAGAAUAUCAGGCUGUAUGGUGACAGAGAUCGGCUGUUGUUAUGUGGCUUCAUCACUGAGUUCAAACCCUUCACACCUGAUAGAGCUGGAUAUAAGCUACAAUCACCCAGGAGAAUCAGGAGUCAAACUGCUCUCUGACAGACUCAAUGAUCCAAACUGCAAACUGGACAAACUCAAUGUGGAUCAUGGAGGAGAGUUCAUGAUUGCAGAAGGACCACAAAAAUAUUUCUGUCAUCUCACCUUGGAUCCAAACACGGCAAACUCUCAACUCAUUCUGUCUGAGAAGAACAGAAAGGCUACAUAUUUGUUAGAGAAACAGUCAUAUCCUGAUCACCCAGAGAGAUUUGAUAGCUUUCCUCAGGUUCUGUGUAGAGAGAGUCUGACUGGACGCUGUUACUGGGAGGCUGAAUGGAUAGGGGGGACAGGGGCUUGUGUAUCAGUGGCACACAGAGGAAUUAGCAGGAAAGGAGAAAUUAGAGACUGUUUGUUGGGUGACAACAUGAUGUCCUGGAGUCUUAACUGUGCAAAACACGGAUUUACAGUCGUUUACAAUAAUAAUAUUUUCAAAUUUGUCCCUUUGACCCUCUCUAAAAGAGUUGGAGUGUAUCUGGACUGGUCUGCUGGCACUCUGUCCUUCUACAUUGUCUCUGAAAUGCACACACUCACACACUUACACACAUUCAACACCACAUUCACUGAACCCCUCUAUGCUGGAUUUGGGGUUUAUAAUGAUUCCUCAGUGUCUCUGUGUCAGAUUAAAAACAGACACACCUGACUGAAACACACUGACUUUAUCUCUCUGAAACGCACUCUGGAGCAGACUCUACCAUUCAAAAUAAUACAGAAUACAGCACUGUAAAGUCAUUCAAUGUUGGCCCAUUUGAAGUUCUUCAGGAAAUUUGUAUCAAUGUACUACAAAUUUCCAGUUAUUUAUAUUAGAAUGUAAUCAGAUUGCUUUAAUUUGCAAUAUGAUUACAUUCAACACUGCUCCCAUCCAGCAUGCCUUUUGUCCAUUAAACAGGAGGGAACCACUUAUUGGAGAGUGAAACGCCCCGUAUUGAAGACAUUUUUCUCUUAUUGAAGUGUUUUAAUGGGGUGUCCCUCUUGAGCAUUUUUCUGAACAUAUUGUGCACUUGCAGUAAUGUGUGCAGGGGUGUUUAGCCUGGAAAUCAGCCUUUUCAUGCAGUGAUGCUUUAGGUGGACCGCUAUCCUUCAUUGAAGGUUGAAGGACGAAAUGCUAAUGUGACCUUUGUUUGCGUGAUGCAGAGUUAGCUACCUGAAGGGACUUCACUUAUCAUAAAUCACCAUAAUCCAAGUUCCUUUCCACAU